AUGGCUCAAGAGAUUGAGAAAGAAAAACCAAGAAUCGGUCAAUGUUUGCCACUCUGGGAGGAGCUCCGAUUGAAAAUCAAGGACUGGUGUGCAAAGUUUCAUGUCAACGAGAAUCAUGCAGACAAGGUGUUCGAUAAAAGGCUCGUUUCAUGUGAAGAAGCUCACAUUGCAUUAAUGGAGCUUAUGAAAUGGAGAACCGAAGGACUUGACCCAGUUUAUGCCCAAGCAAUCCAGUUGAAACAAAGAGACCCGGUAACUGGAAAGUUGCAGGUUGAUCUUUCUUCAUGCAACUUCAUGUGA